ACAUAAAGCAUAAAGUGGCCAUGUGUCUGUGAUCGUAAUGAGUCAGCCGGCCACGGAGACGAGUCAUUGCGUAGGACGCGUCAAGAGUCUGACGUGAUCUUUGUUGAUGUCUUAUUGAAAUUACGAAACCCUCGCUCUUCUACACACAACAUGAAAAAAACAAAAGGCUCAAAAUCUUGAUUAGGCUUUUUAAUUUUAAAUGUCAAUCGUUGGAUUAUUUAGUCAGCUUCAAUUUGUACUAUAAUAAAUCAGGCGUUGCUUUAUAUAUGAAUGAAAGGUCUAUUUUUUUACAUCUCAACAUUUGGUAGGCGUAACAUGUUCUUGUAAAACUAAAGCCAACAAUGCCAUAUUAUACAAUAUACCAUACAGGUAUUUGUAUUACAGGUAAAUGACAGAUGAAAAAAUGUCAUUUUUUAACGUUGGAAUUGUUAUUGUCAUUAUGAAAUAUUGACAGUUGGGGGCAGUAAUACCUAUUUUCAUGUUUAAACCAAGCCAAAUUGUCAGAGAAGAAGAACGUUACCGUGGUAACGGCAACAAAAGCUCAAGUUUUUCUUGCUAGCUCCGCGGAAACAGAUGACAACCACAUUUUAAAUACUGUAGAAAAGGACGAAACUCCAUAGAAGGAGGAUCAAACCCACAUCCUGUCUGAGGGAGACCUGCAACCAGUUAUAUGCUCUCUACCUCUCAUCCAAAGUCAUCCUGGUGUAGGUUCCAGCAAAGCUCCAUAUUCUUUUUUUGCAGUCCUAUGGCGAGUCAGCGGCCUCCUUCCAGCAUGGGUCGGCCCAUGAGUCGCACUGGAUCAGUAGUCCCGGGAAGCGGAAGACCUUUAACAGCAGUUCGACCACCUCCUACGGCUAUCCGGAUACCAACUGGGAUUGUUCCAGGUACAGGUGUUCAUCCUGGUAUGCGGGCUCUCGUGACCACGCCUGGACUCUUGUCAGCACAGAUCAAAGUGACUGACAGGCCAGUGACUCAACAAGGCCUGAGUGGUAUGAAGACUGGCUUAAAAGGACCUCAGAGACAAAUUCUGGACAAGUCUUAUUACUUGGGUCUUCUCAGGAGUAAGAUCAACGAGUUAACCACAGAGAUCAGCAAACUCCACAAAGAAAUCGACACCUUCAACCAGGAGAACUCCGUUUAUCUGUCCUACGAGAAAAGAGCUGAAAGUCUGGCCGCUGAGAUCAGGGAUCUGCAGGGCCAGCUUGCUGACUACAACAUGUUGAUGGACAAGCUUAACACUAACGCGGACAUGGAGGAAAUGAUCAACGACUACAACAGCUUAAAAGCCCAGAACGACAGAGAGGCGGAAAGCAUUGACAGCAUCUUUAUUGAGAGAAGAGAAAGGGAGGACGCUAUCAGGGUCAUUGAAGAAGAAAUCAAAAAGGAAAGGCGCGUUGCCGAGGAGAUUGUCCAAGCCAUGCCGACUCCAAAGCAGGAGAAAUAUUUCACUAUGACGACAGCCAAUGAGGAACUACUACAGGAGCUUGCUCUUCUCCAAGAGGAGCUUGAUGCCCUGCUGACCCGGAAGGAGGAAUACGAAGCUGAGCUGGCCCACUCACAGAUAAAACAGGAAGUGGUUCGACUCCAUGAAACUUUGUCAACACUGGAGGCAAAGCGGGACAACAUGGAGGCGGAACAUAAGAGCUUCAGCACGCCUCAGGAGGAAAGAGAGAAACUCUUGAAACAGGUGAAAGAGGACAAUCAGGAAAUUGCCAGUAUGGACAGACAGCUGGUGGAGAUCAGAGACAGGACCGGUCAAAUCGCAGAAGAGAUCCGACAACAAGAGCAGGACUCAGAGGAAGCUCAAGGGGAGUGUCAGCAGAAGUACAAGGAGCUGAAGAGGAAAGAGGAGGAAAUUGAUGGAUUCCUGCAGGCCUUUGAGGAUUUAAGGACCCAAGAGCAGAAUAAGAUGGCUCAGAGCCAGGAGAACAUCGUCUCCCUCUUGGAGCACUGCAGCCGGAACAUGUUGCGGCUCCGUCGGGUGGACACAAUCACAGCCAGCGAGCUGAGGAACAUGCAGGACGUGCUGGUCAGCAAGGAGACGGAGGUGUCGCAGUCAGCGAGCACCGCCAGGGGACUGACCACUGAGUCCCAGCGCCUGCAGCAGGACCUGGAGAAAGUGCAGCAGCUGGAGGGCAAGAUCACAGGCGAGUUGAUCACGCUGAAAGAAAACGUCAAACAGAUGGAGUCGGAGCUGCUCACCUACAGGGACCUGGAAAGUCUGAAGCGCACGGCAGACCAGAGGAAGAUGAGACUGCAGGAAGAGCGAGUUUCCCUCACACAGCGGCGAGAUUCAUUCCGACAGCUUUUGGAGGAGAUGAACCAGAAAUAUGAGGCGCUGAAGACCAAGCUGGAUGAAAAUGAGACCCAUGCGGAGCUAGCUAACCUGGAGCGGAAGUGGCAACAUUUGGAGCAGAACAACUUUGUCAUGAAAGAAUUCAUCGCCUCGAAAUCCCAGGAGAGUGACUUCGCCUCAGUUUCCAAGAACGUCUACGAACAAAUAGCCGAUUACAACAAGAGCCUUAUAGACUCACUGCAGAACAUCAGGAGCUGAGCGCACAUAUAAGCCAUGCAGCCAAAUUGAUUAUUUGAGUCGUGUAUGUGUUUUAUUUUUUGGUGUGUGUGUAAAAUAGGUUUGAUAACUUUAGACUAACUGCAUAGUUGCUCAAGUGAGUUUAAAUGUACUGUCACAAUAUUAGCAAUAUUUUUUAAAAAUACCAAUGUACUUACUAAAAAUUGUUUUCUUAAUAUAUGUGUAGAACGUCAGUCAUCCAGGUUGUAAUAUUGUCCAUUCAAGCAAAAACCCCUGAUUCUGGGUAACGUGACACCUUUUUUUUCUCUUUUAUUGCUUUUAAUUGAAAUGAACACAUUUUGCAUAAAAUCCAAAUUAUGCUCUAGAAAUAUAUCUGGCCUUCCAGUAUCAAAGAGUACAGUAAACAUUUGAUCUGAGUGGGAAACAAGCGUGACCUCUACCAAAUAAACAGGACAAUUUUUUUUG